AUGAAGCUUUCGCUGGUAUCUCUCCUGGGUGCUGCCCUCUCAGUUGAGGGACACGCCAUCUUCCAAAAGGUCUCUGUCAACGGGGCCGACCAAGGUUCCCUCACUGGCCUCCGCGCCCCCAACAACAACAACCCGGUGCAGGAUGUCAGCAGCCAGAACAUGAUCUGCGGACAACCGGGUUCCACAUCACAGACUGUCAUCCAGGUCAAGGCCGGAGACAGGAUCGGCGCCUGGUACCAGCAUGUCAUCGGCGGCGCCCAGUUCCCCAACGACCCGGACAACCCGAUCGCCAGUUCGCACAAGGGCCCCGUCAUGGCCUAUCUCGCCAAGGUCGACAACGCCGCCUCCGCCAGCCUCAACGGUCUGAAGUGGUUCAAGAUCUGGGAGGACACCUUCGACACCGGCAGCCGUGUCUGGGGCGUUGACAACCUGCUCAAGAACAACGGCUGGGUGUACUUCAACCUCCCGCAGUGCGUCGCGUCGGGCCAAUACCUCCUCCGCGUCGAGGUCCUGGCCCUGCACUCGGCCGGCAAGCAGGGACAGGCGCAGUUCUACCAGUCCUGCGCCCAGAUCAACGUCUCCGGCUCCGGCUCCCUCUCGCCGUCCGACACCGUCAGCUUCCCCGGUGCCUACAGCGCCAGCGACCCCGGCAUCCUGACCAGCAUCUACGGCUCGACCGGCAAGCCCGACAACGACGGCAAGGCCUACACCGCCCCUGGCCCUAGGCCCAUCUCGUGCUAA